UAUGAAUUUGCAGACUCACUACUUAGUCUCAAACACAUUUUUCUAUAGAAUUUAGCCAUAUUUGCAGUAUCGGUUGUUUGAUUGUCAUAAAACUAUUCCAUUGUUCAUCGAACUCUACACACUAGCUUUGGAUUUCCUCACCAGUGUUUAGUACCUAGCGAGUGCGUUUGUGUGUUGAGUGUUAGUCGUGUGUGUUUGUGCAAGGGCUUCGGCAGCAGCAGGCCUCACUGGAAGGCCGUCUGUGAAUCUCUCAUCUCCCUCUUCUCUCUUAAAGGGGCCUCCCGGCUCGCAGCCGUCACCACACGCACAGCCUCCCCCACACAAUACCAGCAACCCCAUGAUGGGACCACACGGGCAGCCUUUUAUGUCUCCACGGUACCCUGGUGGACCUCGGCCGUCUCUUCGCAUGCCAAAUCAGCCUCCUGUAGGAGUUCCAGGAUCACAACCUCUCCUGCCAAACAGUUUGGACCCAACCAGACCACAAGGACAUCCUAACAUGGGCGGUCCAAUGAGAAUGAAUCCUCCCAGGGGCAUGGGUGGCAUGGGUCCUCAGGUAGAACAUGACUUUCUGCUCAUAUACCCUCUGGUAGUCGCCCCAAGUCAAACGCACAUUACUGAAACCCUGUCACUCCUCUUUAUUCACCUGUGCUGAAAGCAGAGUUCUCCCCUCCUCCCCAUCUCUCUCUCUCUCUGUCCUUCUCGUUCUUGGCAAGCGAGGUGCUGCACAAAUCGGCAGCUGGUGCAGCAUCUGUUCGACAAAUUGGGUAGAGCGUAGAACAAAAGCUCGGGUUAGAAAGAAGCAGCCUCAGGCCUGAAAGCCUCUGUCACACUUUGCCCUCCACCCACGGGCAACCAGACAGGUGGGCCGCCGUCUGCCUGAGCAGAACUUCGUUAGCAUAGUGUCAAUCGUAUCCCAACCUGUUUGGUUGGAUCCCCACCGCUGCGGACAACAGUGGAUGAAGGGCAGGGAUUCCUGCAGCGUGUAGUUGCUGCAUUUUCGGCCCCACGGCAGAAGAAAAAAAAGAUUUUUCCCCAAAUUGUGAACUUAAAGGAAUAGUUCAGGCAAGAAUUCAAAUUUUUCAUUUACUCAACUUCAUGUAGUUCCAAACCUGUGUAAGAUUCUUUCUUAUGU